AUGCCGUACCACCGAGGCCGCUACCGCACGCACAUUGUAGUCAAGGUGAGGGCUGUGCACAUUGCAGUCAAGGUGAGGGCUGUGCUGUGCCUCUUUCUGCAUUAUGCCUUCCCACCAUGCCCUCCCAACCCGUGCUGUUCCUCAUCCUACUCCCUUCCCUCCCAUACCGCAACCCAUACGUCCCCAUGCGCGCACCCCCUUUUCCUUCAUGCAUCAGCGUUUCUUCCAGCAGCUGAGGGACAGCCUGAGAUGGCUGUACCAUGCACUGGUUUCACCACUGCAAUACUUGCUCAGGUCCGCAUGGAGUCUUCUCUGCUUCGCCACUCCACCUCCUCGACCCGCGCCGGUCAUAACCACACAGUCUGCUCCUCUUCCCAUUCCGCCCUCCUCCGUCUGCUGCCCCUUCCCUUUGUCGGCCUGCUGUCCUCCGUCUCCUCCCCGUUAUCAGCCCCCGACAGCAGUGAGAUGCCAGUGUUGGAUGCGCGGUCGCAGCACACACUCACGCGCCUCACCGGCUCUCCGCAUGGCCGCAUCGACUUCAUGCUGCAGGUGGGGCUCGGGGCAGGUGGGGCUCGGGGCAGCCCACACUCACGCGCCUCACAGGCUCUCUUAACGGCCGCAUCAAUCGACUUCAUGCUGCAGGUGACAUGUGCUGUGCGCCAUACGGUGCAUGCCGUUGCAUCGCGUGCAGCCGCACGCACAUCAGCCCCAUCCCACUCUCCUUCCCCCUCCCCCGUUGCUCCAUGCCCUGCUGCCCGCCAGGACCCGUCCUUCCAGCACCAGUACCUGCAGGCCAUGAGCUGCCACUUGUGA